CCCUCUCCCUCUCCCUUAAGCUGCACCGUAGCGAACGAGUGAACCCGCGAGGAAACCUCAUGGCGACCAACGAACCCGAGCACGAGAACAGAGACGCGGAAGAGAUCGGAGCUAACGAGGAUGAGGACACCGGAGCUCAGGUAGCUCCAAUCGUUAGGCUUGAGGAGGUUGCGGUCACUACCGGCGAGGAAGACGAAGACGCAGUCCUCGAUCUGAAAUCGAAACUGUAUCGGUUCGACAAGGAAGCGAAUCAGUGGAAGGAGAGAGGUGCUGGUACUGUUAAGCUAUUGAAACAUAAGGAUACUGGCAAGAUUCGUCUCGUUAUGAGGCAAUCGAAAACUCUGAAGAUCUGUGCUAAUCACUUUGUUAAACAGGGCAUGUCUGUUCAGGAACAUGUAGGAAAUGAAAAGUCUUGUGUAUGGCACGCUCGUGACUUUGCUGAUGGAGAGCUGAAGGAUGAACUUUUCUGUAUCAGAUUUGCUUCUAUUGGGAACUGCAAAUCAUUUAUGCAGAAGUUCAAUGAAAUUGCUGAAUCUGAAGUAGAGAAAGAGGAGAGCAAAGAUGCCUCUGAAGCAGCUGGUCUUCUUGAGAAGUUGACCGUGGAAGAGACAAAAACAGAGGAGAAAACUGUGGAGAAGGAAGACUGAAGUGGAAGCUGAUGAAGAAAAGAAAACCGAAGAGUCUGGUCCCUCAACUUAAGAUGCGUCAAAGUUUACACUGCCAAAUCCUAGCAACGUAAUAUAAGCCUGAAGUGUUUGGAUGCAUCCAUCUCGAGUCUUCUUCCGUUGUCUUGGCACUAUCUAUCUAUCUAUCUGCGCUGUGCAUGUUUUGUCGAGUCAUAUGAAGUGGUCGGGGGAUCGCUUGGGGUUGGGUUUGCUGGUCGUUUUGGGUCUAUUCUUUUAAAGUCGAAAUCGUCGGGGGAGUUAUGAGAGAGAUUAUUUUAAAAGUUGGUUGUCUGAAAGAGUGCAUUGGAUUCAUUGUUUAAAGUUUCUUGUUGAUCGUUUUUGGAUGGUCUUA